AUGCUUGCUACGGAAACGACAACAAGGGAACAAGCUACAAACGGCGCUGGGAGUGAAGCAGAACAGGCAACUGGACUUAUGAAGGAUGGGGAUCAAAGCCGCAAGGACGUCCCCACCCCGAUAGCGAUACUCGUGACGCCAAAGCGAUGGAUCAGAGUUGGAUGUUGGAACGUGCGAACACUCUACCAGACUCGAAAGCUAGCGCAAGUGGUGAGUGAGCUGAACCGAAACAACCUGACCCUUAUGGGAGUAACAGAAGCAAGAUGGACUGACUCUGGCAAGCAGAAGGUAAGUUCCGGAGAAGUCAUAAUCUGGUCAGGAAGAACUGACAACGACCACCGGGAAGGAGUUGUCGUCAUCAUCAGCAAGAGCAAGGCCAACACCGUGCUACAGUGGAAACCUGUGAACGAGCACCUGCUGUACGUCAGGAUGAACUCCAAGUACGUCAAGCUGUCUGUUGUUGUAGGCUACGCACUAAUAGACGAUGCGGGAGGAGAGGACAAGGAUGCAUUCUAUGAUGCCCUUCAAAGUGUUUAA